CUCUUCUGUAACGCCAUCUUGGGUUUCCUGCAGAGCAGAAAGAAGGGAAGAGACGGUCGAAGAAUUUUACGAAUUGUGAAUAGGCCAAAUCCAAGAAGGUCAAGAUGGUGGAGGUUCAGCCUCGGGAGAUAAAGAUCCUCGAGACUGUCGAGGAUAUCCAGGAGAGGCGUAGCCAGGUCCUGGGACGCUACUCGAACUUCAAAGAUGCUACCAAGGAACGUAGGGAGCGGCUUGAGGAUGCCAGGCGCUACAUGUAUUUCAAGAGAGAUGCUGAUGAGUUGGAGAGUUGGAUUCUCGAGAAGUUGCAGACGGCAUCAGAUGAGAAUUUCAAAGACCCCACUAACCUCCAGGCGAAGAUCCAAAAGCACCAGGCUUUUGAAGCCGAGGUUGCUGCCCACUCAAAUGCCAUUGUCGUCCUUGACAACACUGGUAUGGAAAUGAUUAACGAGAAGCACUAUGCUUCAGAAACGAUCCAAGAGCGUCUGGAUGAGCUGCAUCGUCUGUGGGACUUGCUGCUCCAGAAGCUCAACAUCAAGGGUGUGCGUCUGCAACAGGCACUCCAGCUGGUUCAGUAUUUGAGGGAAGUUGAUGAGAUUCUAUUCUGGAUUCACGAUAAGGAAACAUUUGUAACAUCAGAAGAAAUCGGUCGCGAUUUAGAACAUGUUGAGGUACUGCAAAAGAAAUUUGAAGAAUUCCAGAAAGAUCUUCAGAGCCAUGAAGAUCGCGUGACAGAAGUGAAUCAGCUUGCCGAGAAACUCUUGGAAGAGACUCAUCCCGAGGAAGAGAAAAUCAAAGGAAAACAAGAUGAAAUGAACGAAGCAUGGGAACGUCUAAAGAACCUCUCCCGCCACCGCCAAGAACGUCUCUUCGGCGCCCACGAGAUCCAGCGCUUCAACCGUGACGUGGAUGAAACCAACGCCUGGAUCAACGAGAAGGAUGUGGUACUCUCCACUGAUGAUUAUGGCCGUGACUUGGCCAGCGUACAAGCUCUGCAGAGGAAACAUGAGGGCAUGGAGCGAGACUUGGUUGCCCUGGAAGAGAAAGUUGAUAACCUAAGCUCCGAGGCUGAUCGCCUUAGCGAGAUCCAUCCCGACCAUGCUGAGCAAAUCUGCUCCACGAGAGACAAGAUCAACGACCAAUGGAAAAACCUGAAGGGGAAAGGAGGAGACCGCAAGAUGCAUCUUGAUGACUCCUACAACCUGCACCGAUUCUUGACAGAUUUCCGUGAUCUUAUCAGCUGGAUCCACGAUAUGAAGGCAAUCAUAUCAGCUGAUGAUUUGGCCAAGGAUGUGGCCGGGGCCGAGGCUCUACUUGAGAGGCACCAGGAACAUAAGGGUGAAAUCGAUGCCAGAGAAGACAGUUUCAAGGCUACAGCUGAAGCUGGCCACAAGCUCCUCGAGUCUGACCACUACGCUGUCGAGGAGGUCAAGGAAAAACUUGUCACCUUGGCAAAUGAGAAAACCAGCCUCUUGGACUUGUGGGAGGAACGCAGGAUCCUGUACGAGCAGUGUAUGGAUCUGCAGCUCUUCUAUCGUGAUACUGAGCAAGCUGAAACUUGGAUGGCCAAACAAGAAGCCUUCCUGACCAACGAGGAUCUUGGUGACUCGCUUGACAGCGUUGAGUCCCUGAUCAAGAAGCAUGAAGAUUUUGAAAAGUCGCUCGCUGCCCAGGAGGAGAAGAUUAAGGCUUUGGAUGACUUUGCGACCAAGCUUAUCGAGAGCGAACACUACGCUUCGGAUGAUGUCGCUCACAGGCGUGAUCUGCUGAUCCAGCGCCGCAACAUCCUCUACGAGAAAUCCACAACCCGCAGACGUCUUUUGGAAGACUCCUACAGAUAUCAAAUGUUUGAGCGAGACUGCGAUGAGACAAAGGGCUGGAUCAACGAAAAAUUGAAAACAGCCGCUGAUGAGAACUAUAUGGAUCCUUCUAAUCUUCAAGGCAAGGUCCAGAAGCAUCAGACGUUCGACACAGAGAUAUUGGCCAAUGAGCAUCGCAUUGAUGACUUGCAGAAAUCGGGACAGGAGCUGAUUGAUAAUGAUCAUUACGCCCAGGACCCCAUCAAGGAGCGUCUUGAGGAGAUCCAGUCAUUAUGGGAACAGCUGAAGUCACAGAAAGACAAGAAAGGCAAGAAACUGAAAGAAGCCAGCGACCAGCAGCAGUUCAACCGUAACUGUGAGGACAUGGAGAUCUGGCUCUCUGAAUCGGAAGGCCAACUCAUGUCUGAGGACUAUGGCAAGGACUUGACCAGCGUACAGAACCUUCAGAAGAAGCAUCAGUUGGUGGAAGGCGACAUUGGGUCUCACUCAGACCGAAUUGAAGAGAUCAGAUGCCAGGCGGCAAACUUUGUGGAAUGUGCACAUUUCGAUGCAGACAACAUUAACGACAAGAAGAAGCAAGUUCUGGACAGAUACGAAGCCUUGCAGGCACCAAUAGUCCAGCGACGAAAGAAGCUUGCUGAUGCCCAGCAACUGCAGCAGUUCUUCCAGGAUGUGGAAGACGAAGAAGAUUGGAUCCAUGAAAAGGAACCAUUAGCUGGCUCCACCAAUAGGGGGCGUGAUCUGAUAGGUGUCCAGAACCUGAUGAAGAAGCACCAGGCACUUCAAGCAGAGGUAGCUGGCCACGAGAACCGCAUUGAGGAUGUGUGCAAGCAAGGCAAGGCUAUGGUGGACGAGGGGCAUUAUGCCGCUGAUGAUAUCAAUAACAAGAUCGAGGACUUGAAUGAAAAGUGGAAUAAUACCAAGGAGAAAGCAAACCAGCGCUCGCAGGACUUGGAAGACUCUCUCCAGGCCCAGCAGUACUUUGCCGAUGCCAACGAGGGCGAAUCGUGGAUGAAAGAGAAGGAACCGAUCGUUGGCAGUACUGACUAUGGUAAAGAUGAAGAUGCAAGCGAGGCGCUCCUCAAGAAGCACGAGGCACUCAUGGGAGAUAUUGAGGCGUUCCAGACCAGCAUUGAUGAUCUGAGGGAUCAGGCUCAGUCAUGCAGGCAACAAGAAGCCCCAGUUAUUGAUGACUAUGGCAAAGAGUGUGUCGUAGCUCUUUAUGACUACACCGAGAAGAGCCCACGCGAGGUCUCCAUGAAGAAGGGAGACGUCCUGACCCUCUUGAACAGCAGCAACAAGGACUGGUGGAAGGUCGAGGUCAAUGAUCGUCAAGGAUUUGUCCCUGCUGCAUACGUUAAGAAGAUCGACUCUGGUCUGACAGCCAGCCAAUCGAACUUGGCCGAUGAAUUCACCGUGUCUGUUAGACAAAAACAGAUUGAAGAUCAGUAUGAGCACCUCCUUACACUUGGCAAAAAGAGAAAAGAUAAGCUGAUUGAAUCGAGCCGUGCCUACCAACUUGUCCGUGAAGCCAGCGAACUCGUACAGUGGAUUCAAGAUAAGGAAGAAGCCAUUUCCGUUGAUCGUAAGGACACGUUCAUUACGUGUCAAUCAGCUCCGACGCUUGAGUGGCAACAGGAAACUAUUGCCACCACCGAAGAAACUGCGACUGAUCUAGAGUCAGUCGAGCAACAGCAGAAGAAGUUCGAAGAAUUCCAGCGUGAUCUGAAGACAAAUGAAGCUCGUCUCAUGGAAAUGAACACGAUCGCUGAGACCCUUGAGUCUCUUGGUCAAGCCGAGGCGGCUGAUAAGGUCCGUGGCCAGGUUGCGGUCUUGAAUGAGCGCUGGACGGCCCUUGAACAGGUCACAUGUGAGAAGACAGAGAGCUUGAUGAGCUCACAUGAGGUACAGAGGUACCACAGGGAUGUUGAUGAAACCCUCGACUGGAUCGAUGAGAAAGACAAUGCCCUCAACGUGGAGAAUGUCGGUAAUGAUCUGGCUACUGUACAGCGUCUGCAGCGUAAACACGAGGGUGUUGAGCGAGACUUGGCCGCUCUUGGCGACAAGGUGCGCGACCUUGAUGAGACCGCCAACAGGAUCAUGCAGACCCACCCUGACCAGGCUGAGGGUAUCUAUCACCAUCAGACCGAGCUGAAUGAGAAGUGGAACAACUUGACUGGCAAGGCUGAUGCCAGGAAAUCCAAACUUCUUGACUCUUAUGAUCUUCAACGUUUCCUGAGUGACUACCGUGAUCUGAUGUCUUGGAUCAACAGUAUGAUGGCGCUAGUAUCUUCAGAGGAGCUCGCCAAGGAUGUAACCGGAGCUGAAGCACUUCUGGAGAGGCACCAGGAACAUCGCACUGAAAUCGAUGCCCGUGCCGGUACCUUCCAAGCCUUUGAAAUGUUCGGCAACCAACUUCUCCAGAACAACCAUUAUGCCAGCGAUGAGGUCAAGGACAAACUUGAGAGUCUUGGCCAAUCCCGAGAAGCUCUUGAAAAGGCCUGGAUUUCUCGACGUGUCAAACUUGACCAAUGCCUCGAGAAGCAGCUGUUCCUCCGUGAUUGCGACCAAGCUGAGACCUGGAUGGCCACCCGUGAAGCCACACUUUCCGGAGACUCCGUCGAUGGUGAGAACGUCGACGCAACCAUCAGAAAGCACGAGGAUUUGGAUCGUGCCGUGAACGCACAGGAAGAGAAGAUCGCUUCACUGCAGAACUUUGCCGAGCAGCUUUGCUCUGCUGAUCAUUAUGAUUCCCCUGAAAUUGAGGCAAAGAGAGACGAGGUCUUAGAAAGAUGGAGCCACUUGAAGGAUGCUCUGAUCGAAGAUCGCGCCAAGCUUGGCGAGGCCCAGAGCUUGCAGGCAUUCUCUCGUGAUGCUGACGAGAUGGAGAGCUGGAUUACAGAGAGGAUGAAACUGGCUGUUGAAGAGUCCUACAGGGAUCCAACCAACGUUCAGAGCAAGCACCAGAAGCACCAGGCAUUUGAAGCCGAGCUUGCUGCCAACUCCGAGAGACUCCAGAUGGUUCUCAACAUGGGACAGAACUUGGUUGGAUCUGAUGGGCGGACAGGCACUGAUCUUGUUGAUGGUGAUGGCUGCAUGGGCACUGACGACGCCGUCAAAGCUCGCAUCGUCAACCUGACGGAACAGUGGGAAUACCUCGUAACCAAAUCGACGGAGAAGAGCGAGAAACUGAAGGAGGCCAACCGCCAGGCUGUCUACAAUGCCGCCGUAAAGGACAUGGAAUUCUGGUUGGAUGAAGUCGAGCAUGUGAUCCAAUCUGAUGACUACGGGAAGGAUCUCGCCAGUGUACAGAAUCUUAACAAGAAGCACCAGAUUUUGGAAGCUGAUGUUGAAGCACAUCAGGAUCGUAUGAACGAGCUGAACCGUGUCGCUGAUGAAUUUGUCGAAGCCAAUGCGUUUGAUUCCGAGAAUAUCAUCGAGAGGAAGAAGAACAUUAAUGAGAGAUAUGAAAGAGUAAAGGAGAUCACUGAGCAGCGCCGCAUCCGUUUGAAUGAAGCUCUCAUCCUCCACCAGUUCUUCAGAGACAUUGAUGACGAAGAGGCUUGGAUCAGAGAAAAGAAGCUCCUGGUUGGCUCUGAGGAUUAUGGACGUGACCUGACCGGCGUGCAGAACCUGAGGAAGAAACACAAACGUCUCGAUGCAGAAGUGGGAAGCCAUGAGCCGGCAAUCGAAGCAGUGAAGGAGGCUGGACGCAAGCUGAUGGAGGAGACCACCCUCGGAAGUGAGGACAUAGAAAACAGGAUUGAGCAACUGCAGUCGAGCUGGGAAGAGCUAAGGCAGAUGUCUACCAACAGGGGUCAGAAGCUUGAGGAAUCUCUUGCCUACCAACAGUUCUGCGCCAGCAUCGAAGAAGAAGAGGCGUGGAUCCUAGAGAAGGAGCAUCUUCUCUCUGGGGAAGACUACGGCGACACCCUGGCUGCCGUUCAAGGCCUAAUGAAGAAGCACGAUGCGUUCGCCACCGACUUCAAGGUCCAUGAAGACAGGUGCACCGAGAUCUCAAGGCAGGGCGAGGUGCUCAUCGAAGAGGGUAACUUCCAACAUGAGAACAUCACCAUGCGCUGCGAAGGCCUGAAAGAAAAGCUGAACAACCUGCAGACAGCUGCUAACCGCCGCCGUGGCAAGCUCAUCGACAACUCCGCCUUCCUCCAGUUCAUGUGGAAGACCGACGUCGUUGAGAGUUGGAUUGCCGACAAGGAGACCCAGGUCCGCUCGGAGGAUUACGGCCGUGAUUUGUCAUCUGUGCAGACUCUUCUCACAAAACAAGAAACUUUCGAUGCCGGCUUGCAGGCAUUUGAGAAGGAAGGAAUCCAGACCAUCACGGCUCUGAAGGAACAACUGGUGGAAGCCAAGCAUCACCAGACACCCGCUAUUGAGAAGAGAUACAGUGAUGUCAUCGAAAGGUGGCAGCACUUGUUGGGUGACUCUGAGUCCCGCCGCCAGCGUCUGCUGAAACUCCAAGAGCAGUAUCGCCAAGUAGAAGACCUCUACCUUACUUUCGCCAAGAAGGCCUCAGCCUUCAACAGUUGGUUUGAGAAUGCAGAGGAAGAUUUGACUGACCCAGUCCGCUGCAACUCCGUAGAAGAGAUCAAGGCUCUUCGUGAAGCCCAUGACCAGUUCAAGGCCUCCCUCAGCGCUGCCCAGGCAGACUUUGACCAGCUCGCCUCCCUCGAUAAGCAGAUCAAGAGCUUCAAUGUGGGAGCUAACCCCUACACUUGGUUCACCAUGGACGCCCUGGAAGACACCUGGAAGAACCUACAGAAAAUCAUCAAGGAACGUGACAUGGAGCUUGCUCGUGAGCAACAGCGUCAAGAAGAUAACGACCAGCUGCGUAAACAGUUUGCCCAUGAGGCUAACCAGUUCCACGCAUGGUUGACUGAGACAAGGUCUGAGAUGAUGGAAGGAUCGGGUACUCUUGAGGAACAGCUGGAGGCUGUCAAGCGCAAGUCAGCAGAAGUACGUGCCCAGAAGGGACACCUGAAACGUAUAGAAGAUUUGGGUGCAGCGAUGGAGGAGCGACUCAUCCUGGAUAACCGUUACACCGAGCACAGCACCGUGGGUCUGGCUCAACAAUGGGAUCAGUUAGACCAGCUGGGCAUGAGAAUGCAGCACAACUUGGAGCAACAGAUACAGGCUCGCAACCAGAGUGGUGUAUCAGAAGAUGCCCUGCGAGAGUUCACAAUGAUGUUCAAACAUUUCGACAAGGACAAGUCCGGCAAGCUCGACCAUCACGAGUUCAAGUCUUGUCUGCGUGCCCUGGGUUAUGAUCUACCCAUGGUGGAGGAAGGACAGAUUGAUCCCGAGUUCCAGGCUAUCCUAGAUUCAGUUGAUCCAAAUAGGGAUGGUCUUGUGUCGCUACAAGAAUACAUGGCGUUUAUGAUCAGCCGGGAGACAGAGAACGUGCAGACCAGCCAAGAGGUGAUCGAAGCUUUCCGAGCUCUCACUGCAGAUGGAGAAAAAGCGUAUAUCACUUCGGCAGAGCUCUAUGCAAAUCUACCGAGGGACCAAGCGGACUACUGUCUACGUCACAUGAAACAGUACAUCGACAAGGGCGGUCAUGAAAUACCUGACGCAUACGACUACACCGAUUUUACGCAAACACUUUUCUCGAACUAACCUAACUAGGCCUCCAAGCAUCCUUGUUUGAGGCCGACCAUGGUGUAGGCCUGGUCUGCGAUUAGGCCUACGUAACUGUUUAACUUUAGCAAUCAUUUAGCUGCCCAUAUAUGUGCUUUGUUACGGUUCCAUAAAGGUCCGAGGACUUGUGCAGCUGUCCUGAAGAGUAAAAUUACAAAUGUGCAAUAGUACAUGUAUGUUGAAAGGCAUUUUAGCUUUUCAGAGAGCAUUGGUUAUAUCAUAUAACCUGGUUGGACGCCAAGAUCAACAGAUAUAUUUGGAUUCAAUUUUGAAAAUCUGAAUGGUCAUAAAUUUCUUUUUGGACAAGUUUGCUUCAGUUUGGAAAUGUUUUUGAUGUGACUGUUUUGUGGGAGUUCAAAGACAGAUGGACAACCUGCACUUGUUCUCCGGCUCUCAAGGUAUAUACUUUUCCUCUAUUGCUCUCAAGCAAUCGAAGACUGUUGUUCAGCUCCCUACGAUACAUACCCUUUGUGAAGAAGUUGUUCAUACUAACCAGGACUGAAACUGUGUAUGUCGAGUGAUCAUGCACCUGUUUCAUUUGUGGUUGGCCUGAAUCGACUGUAUAUGGAUGUAGCUUAUCCAUCAUAAGGAUGUAUGCCUUGCAUAUUGGUUAGAUAAUUCUCCUAAUAGGUGUCUGGUCUGUGGUUUUUGUUUUCAAGUUGAUGACGAGCUGUUUGAUGUCAGCUGUUGAAGCAGUGGAUGUAAAUCUAGCUUGUUUUAGGUUUGGAAAGAUUGACUGCUCUCUGUAUAGUCUACGUAGUAAGCUUGAAUACGUAUAUCUGCUGCUGGUGGUUUGGGUGAUGUUUUUCGGAACAAGCUGUAUGCUUUGUAAUCAUUAUAUUGGUAACUGAUUCUCAUGCGUCCUGAUUUAACAUGAAACAAAGAAACCUUAACAAAAGUUGUGUCAAGACGGAGUCCUACAUUAUGAAAAUGAUGAACUGCAGGAUUUUGUCACAGGCAACUGGAUGGAACAGUUGAUACAUAACAUCUGCAGUACUUCGACCGUCCUGUUGACAUCCAUUCACCUGUGAUAAUCUUCUUCCGAAAAAAAUCGAAAAAUAUGACAUGUUUGAUGAAUAUGAAUUGAAAAACUAUAUCUUCUGUAUUCUGUUCUCUGAUUCUCUAGCCAUAUAAUGAUGUACCCAUAGCUUUCAGAUUAGCUAAGAUGUCUCUGUAACUUGGAGUUGGAACCGUAAUAAACAUUUGCUUUCCUCAGAA